AUAAAGGUUCCCCGCCGUGUGUUUUGGGCAGCGGGCAGCCACUGCUCCUACGCCGCGAUGCUAGCGAACGUGCUCAGGAUAUUGACAGCGGCAGCAGUGGGAAUCGCCUGCCUGCCGAUUCCAUCGCGGGCAAUGACCGAGAUAGUGUCGAAAGCAAAGGCAUCAAUCUCCGCGGUGUCCGAUGACUUGAAGCCCGCCGCUACGGGUCUGAUCGGGGCAGGAGGCUACGGCGGCUACGGCGGCCUGGGUCAGGGGGUCAACGGCUUCCAGAGCGGCUACGGUAAUGGAGGCUUCGGCAAGGGCUACGGUGGAUUCUCGAAUUACGGGAACAACAAGGCACUUGCCGGUGGCGGAUUCGGCAAGGGCUCGUACGGUGACGGCGUCGUGUCGGCAUACGGAAACCAGGGUCUGGGCCAGGGCGGCAUCAACAACCUGGCCGCCCACGGCCUGCACGGCGUCUCCGGCGCUACGGGCUUCAACCACCAGGGCGGCGUCAACAAGCAAUUUGCCGGAAAGGGAGCCGCGAGGGACCAAUUUAACGCAGGACACAACAAGAUCUUCGCCAAGGAGAAGGUGUACGCCGUGGACCAGAGCUUCCAGAAUGGCAACCGAGACGCCUUCAACCUGGGCUACGGAAACCUGGGAGGCUUCACGGGUCAGGGAGGCUUCGGCAAGCAAGACAAAGUGAACCAGUACGGCAACCAGCAGUACGGCGCCUUCAAGGGAUACGGCCAGGGCAACUACGGCAAGCACGGACGCACAUCGUUUGGCGAAGGUGCCCAGGGCAUCAACAACUACGGACACGCGGCCGGAUACGGGACGCAAGCGCAGCAGGGCAAGGGAUACGGAGGCUACGGACACGGAGGCGUGGGCAGCUACGGGGGUGUGCUGAACCGCGGAUACGGCGGUUACGGAGCCACGCAAGCCGUGGCCCCGAUUCUUGCCAGACCCAUUGCCCACGGCGUAGCUCCGGGUCUGGGAUAUGGAAUUGGUCACGGAAUAGGGGGAUAUCAUGGCAUAGGGGCGGGGCCGCAUUUCUACUGAGUGUAGCUAACUUAUGGUAAUAUAUUAUAUGAAUAACGCUGCUAAGUUUACGUCAAGUUCCUAAGUCGGCUCGGAAAAUAAAGGAGAGAAAGACAGAAAGAAAGCGCCGUUGCAACAUUUCUUGUUGAGGUUGUGCGAAAUUUGCUGCGAAUGCAGCACUACGUAACAGCAUGUAGAAACGAACGCUCUGCUCGCUGACUUCUUGAGUUCGGCUUCGCGUCGCCUUUGUGAAACGCGCUAAAAGUUUUUUUACGCAACAAAUUCUGUCUCUAAACACACAUAAAAGAAAAUGAAAGGAUGAAAAGAGCAAACAACCGUUUAAAGCGAAAUAUGCCUAUUGAAACUCAUGGAGACCCCGGAAUCCAGUUAUUGUAUUAGAAAAUUCGGAGUUAUCCCGAAAAGCGCAGAAGAUGCUGAUGAUAUUCAGUAGAUGUUGAUGUACUUGCGCGAAAAAAAAAAAAGACAGAACAGCACGUGUUUAGGAGGCAAGUAUUCGGUGUGUUUGCGGAGGGUUAAUUGCUGUGACGACUCACAGUUUGCACGAAAGCCAUGAUUUCUGCCGUAAUAGUUCUCGCUUCUUGCAUGGCUAACACAUCUUCCAAAAUACAGCUAUUUCAAAGCUGUGUACUUUGAAAGUCCUGACCAUCACAGGCAAGUUACCUCACGUAAGGAUGGUUCUGCUGAAUACGUGCGCCAUAUCAACCUGUCGCUAAUAAUCGGCACUAUUUCAAUUUAUCUUUGCUUUGUAGAUAUUUAGCAGGUAGGCCUGUCGAAAGCUCGCACAAGCGCCGCGCUGUUAGCAGAUGCCGUAAUUUGAUAUUC